CCAGAUGAAGCCGGGCUUCCUCCACCCUUUGCAUCCUCAACCCGCGCGGCUCGACGACGACGACGACCGCCCGGCGGCCCGCAAGCUAUCCAUGCGUUGUGAAGACGACCGCACCGCCGUAUCUUGAGUCUACUUGCAUGCCGAGGGCCCCGCAUUGCCCCAGCAUGAGCUCGAGCGGCUGCCGCAAUGACGGACCAGCCGCCCCAGCCGAGGCAAGACGACGAUGCGCAGCGAGGCAGCAGCAACGGUCACCAUGAGGCGCGCAAGGCAGAGGAUCCGGCCGCCAGGUCGUCGACGGAGAUAAAAAAGGACGAGGCAACCACCCGUAUGCGUCGCAAGUCGAAUUCGCAGUCCUCGGACGAGGACGAGGGCGAGGACAUAAGCAAUGAGGAAGAGGACGACGACGAGGAUGAUGACGAUGGCAUGGAGCAAGAGGAUGAUGACGAGGAAGAAGAAGAGGAAGAGGAGGAGGAGGAGCCGCGGCUCAAGUACGCGCCGCUCACCCAGCAUCUGCGGCCCGUGUACCGCAACGGCGAUGCGACAAGCGCCUUUCUCGUCGCAGGCGACAAAAUGGUAGCCAGACCACACCUAGAUGUCGCCCACGUCAUGCUAACCGCCCCCUGACCAGAUCAUCGGCACGCACAACGGCAACAUUCACGUCCUCCAGCUGCCCAUCUUUCAGCCGCUUCGGGUCUACCACGCGCACUCGGCCUCGGUCACCAGCAUAUCCAUCUCUCCAUACCCGCCGCCGCUGUCCAGCGACAAGACCGAGUCCGCCCCCCGACCGCCCGCCCCUCAAGGACGACCCCCUUCGCGGCAAUCGGAUGCGACAGCGUCCCCGGCUGCGGCGUCGCGUCGACCAAAGGAACCCGCGCCGCUGCCACGGAUUCCAUCCAAUGACAUAUACGUGGCCACCUCGUCGAUGGAUGGCAAUGUCUGCAUUCAGUCUCUAUUGGACCUCAAGGACGUCCAGCUACGCAACUUUGCCCGGCCGGUCCAAGCCGUGGCGCUCUCUCCCGACUACAAGACGGACCGUACCUAUCUCUCCGGAGGCCUGGCGGGCCAGCUCAUUCUCACCGUCGGCGGGGGACCUGGCCGGAGCACGUCGACGACCACGGGCACCGCUGCGGCCACGGCGUCUGGCUGGCUCGGCAGCAUGGGACUCAGCAGCAACAGCGGCAAAGACACGGUUCUUCAUUCGGGCGAAGGAACCGUCAGCUGCAUCAAGUGGUCCCUCUCAGGCAAAUACGUUACUUGGCUGACGGAGCACGGCAUCAAAAUCAUGCGGUCCAAGUCUCAUCUGGAGAGCGCAGACUCGGACCAUGCGUGGAAACGCAUCGGCCACUUGGACCGACCCCAGACGGCCGAGUGGGAGACGAUGGCCGGUGUUUGGCGCGGCCGUGUGGAGUGGAUAGAUGAAAAGGCCGUUGAGACGGACGAGACUACUCAGCUUCAUCAAUCUGACGCUGCCAACAGGCUACGCACGCAGGCCGCCAACGGCAACAAGAGCAUAGAGCGUCUUCUCGUCGGCUGGGGCAGCUCCAUCUGGUUUAUCCAUGUCCAUCCAGGGGGCCUGGGGACUGGUAAGCACGCCGGCGAGAGGACCGCAGGACGAGCUGAGAUUGCCAAAAUUCUCCGAAUGGAUUGCAUCAUUUCCGGAAUUUCCUUAUAUACCCACAGUCUAUUGCUUGUGCUUGCAUUUUGCAAACCGGACGAGCAGGAUGAGGAUGACGAGCAUUCGCACUCGCCCGCUCGUGGCCACAAGGCGAAGUCGUCGGUCGGAUCGACAGGCAGCGGGCCUUCUGGUGGGAUUCGCCGACGGCAGAACAACCUGCCACCGGAGCUGCGCUUAAUCGAUCUCAAUUCGCAGGCAGAGGUGGACAGGAACAGCCUCAGCAUCAGUCGCUUCGAACGACUCUCGGCCGCCGACUACCACCUAGGGGUGCUGCCAGCGCAUACCGCCGCGUCGGCCAAUGCCUCGCGAGGCGCCUUGGAGGCACUCGCCGGGUUUGGCUCGGAGGUAUGGAACGCGGCCAUCAACCCGAGGUCGCUCUUCAGUUCCGGCGCAAGCGUACGAAGCAGGGACAGUGGUGAAGAUGGCGCCUCCGGAACGAAGACGGUAAGCACCGGCGGGAUCGUUCGACCCAUUACCGACACAGUUCCGUCGGUCCAUCCAAACCUCGCAAAACCCGGUGCGAAAAUCUUCGUCCACAGCCCGUACGAAUGCAUCCUCGGGACCAAGAGAGACCUGGCGGACCACUUGUCGUGGCUGGUGGAGCAUAAGCAUUAUCCGCGGGCGUGGGAGCUCCUCGACGAGAACCCAGACAUCCUGACGACACCUUUGGAGAAGCCGGGGGACGCGGCACCGCCCACACCAUCGAAGCGGCGCAUCGGGACCGACGACUUUUUCGACGACGACUCUGUCGCGGAUUCCAACCAGAGAAACGUAUGGUCCACCACCGAAAAGGAGAAACGAAGGAUAGGGGAGCUCUGGAUCCAGGAGCUCGUCGAAGAGGGCGACUGGGCAGAAGCGGGACGGGUGUGCGGCAGAGUCCUCACGACACCCGACCGCUGGGAGAAAUGGGUGUGGACGUUUGCCGGCGCCAAGAAGUUUGACGACAUUAUCAACUCGAUCCCCUGCGAGCCCAUGCACCCGCCGCUGCCGUCGACGAUAUACGAAGUGCUGUUGGGCCAUUACAUGCAGAGUGACAAGCCAAGGUUUAGGGAGCUGCUCGACCGUUGGACGACCGAGCUAUUCGACGUCAACACGGUCAGCACGACGCUUGAGAAUCAGCUCAAGUACCGUGAUGUUCGCGAAGACAGCGUCGAAGACGGCGAAAAGGGCCGAGACUGGCGCAUCGUCACGGAGAGCCUGGCGCGGCUUUACGAGGCCAGCGGGCGGAACCGCGAUGCUCUGCGAUGCUAUAUCAAGCUGCACGAUGCCGACUCGGCGUUUCGCCUCAUUCGAGAAGGCCACCUCGCCGAGGCGGUCGCGGACGACAUCCCGAGCUUCAUUGGCCUGAGGGUCUCGCCGGAGCGCGUGGACCGCAUGUCCGAGCAGGAGCUCGUGGACGCCACGUCGGAGGCGGUCACGCUGCUGGUGGACGAGGCACAGCACGGGCUCGUGCGCCCAGAGGUGGUGGUGGAGCAGCUGCAAGCGAAGCACAUGGAUCGGUACCUGUACUUUUACCUCAAGGGGCUGUGGCGAGGCGAGGGCAUCAAGGAGCACAGCGGCGAGAACAUGGACCGGCUGGUCCUGGACAGCCAGUCCUUGGUGGACGGCUUUGCCGACCUGGCGGUGCAUCUCUUUGCCACGUACGAGCGGGCGCUGCUGAUGGGGUUCCUGAAGACGUCGACAUCGUACACAUUCGAAAAGGCCGUACACGAGUGCGAGGCGUUUGAGUACUACGACGAAUUGGUGUAUCUGUAUUCCAAGACGGGUCAGAUGAAGCGAGCCCUGUUCCUCAUCAUCGACCGGCUCAACAACGUGCAGAAAGCCAUCGAGUUCGCCAAGGAACAGGACGACCCGGAUCUGUGGGAGGACCUGCUGAGGUACAGCAUGGACAAGCCGAGCUUCAUCCGCGCCCUCCUCGAGCAAGUAGGCACCGCCAUCAACCCCAUCACGCUGGUGCGGCGCAUACCCGAGGGGCUUGAGAUUAAGGGUCUCAGGGAGGGUCUGACACACAUGAUGAAGGAGCACGAGCUCCAGCACAGCAUCAGCUCCGGAGCCGCGCGAAUACUGAGGAGCGAGCUUGCGUCUGCCCAGAACGAACUUCGCGCGGGGCAGCGGCGGGGCAUCAAGUUUGAGGUUGUGCUGCCCGAUCCCAAGGUGCUAGACGGCAAGGCGGCCGCCAGUGCGGGCGGAGGCUCGGGGCAGCAAGGUGCCGACGAGGGCAAAGCGCAACCCGACGCCCAAGCGCCGCAGCCCGGACGCUGCGCAAGCUGCCACGAGCUGUUUACCGAGUAUGAGAUGGAGACGUUGCUGGGCUUUGCCUGUGGCCACGGGUUCCACGUGAGCCACCUGCUGGAGAUGCUUCACAAGGGCAAGAGGAAGCCGGACGUGGACCUAGGCCCGGACGAGGGGGAGAGGAGCCGAUACGCGAUCGGGAUGAAGGUGAUGAGGGCACGGCUGCUCAAGGAUAAGGUGCAGGGCGGCUGCCCCAUCUGCCACGACAAGGCGGCGUAGACGUCGGCGGGCGAGGCACGUACGUACAUACACGGCAUGACGACGACGGCGUUGCGUGGCAGAGAGCGUGUGCUUGUUCAACCUCUUCAUCAGCUUUGCGUGCGGUGCGAAUUAGAUACCACGAUACAAUCACCAAGGGCGUGGCGCGACGGACUGCAUUUUGAAUCAUUACCAUUUCGUGUAUUGCGUGCCGAAGACGGCACCUAGCUACAAAGGGGUAUUAAAACGCCG